UGUAACCAGUACUGGUCAGUACACGUGAGAAAAGUGGUGUUUGUGAACUGCAACAAUUGUAGCCUUUUUCUAGGACUCGAGUCUCUAUAUUCAAUUUUUGAGGUCGUGUGAUCUUUCCAGAGUAAUGGAAGAUAUUGACGAUAGAAUCGCGAUUAGCCGUUCUCUUAAAUUGUACAAUUUGUGCUUAAAUUCGAUAGUUGAGUCUAUUAGAUACGCUCAUUUUUACAAAUCUUGGCCAAAGGCCGAUAUUGUUUCUCUGCCUUCUACGGUGCUAGUUGAUUUGUACGAAAAGAUGUUCGAAGUGAAUCGCAAGAAAGUAAUAUGUAAAAUAGAACCGAAAUGGUUCGAUCUGUCUACAUUCGAUUUGCUGCUACAAGUGAAAACUAAACGACUGUUUCUUAUCAAAUGUAACCAGCGGCUAUUGAACGCUGGUUACGAGAUCCAGCAACAACAUCUGGAUACUUUUUGGCAAUCUAUUAUCUAUUACGCAUUUCAAGACAUGUCUGUUUCUUCUCGCACAAGAUGUUUUCCUGAGAGAUGGGCUGAAUUAAUUAAUGUCGGGCUAAGAAUGGCAGAUUUUCUGAACGAUGGAGGAUGGUUCGAUUACAGUACAGUCUUUUUAAGUUUGACUGAAAAUUUGUUUAAAUAUAUGGAGCUGCCUGAGCGUAUGCCCAAGCUGUUGCAAUUAUAUGCAUUGCAAUUAUAUGCAACGUCAAGUUUUUGCAAUUUUGUAAAGGCGACAGAAACGUACGAGAAAAUAUCUCAAAUUAUUACCAAAUGUAAAAAAUUAAAGCUAUUCAAAGAACUUGCUGAUGUUUACUGCAGUAUGUCGAUUUUUCACUUCGUCCAGAAUAGAUAUGAAGAGGCUUAUUCAAGUGCUCGAGAUGCACUUAAUUUAUUAUCAUCCGGCUUGAGCAAAAAGAGUAUCCUCAACAUUUUAAGACACACGUCCAAAAUUUGCGUACAAAAAAGAUGUUCUUCACAAGCAUGGUUAUUAAUCACGCAAGCACUGGCUCUGGGACAAUCCAUCCCUUCAUUGCCGAUGUUUUCUGAUAUUUUAAUGGACUCUGGAUAUUAUUGGUUGAACUCAGAUGAUGUAGACCGGGGCGUGACUUUUUAUAGGAGGGCCCUAAAUCUCCGUCUUCAGGUUUAUCGAAGCAAUAAUAUUAAUAUUGCUAUUUCCAACGAACAUCUCGCUUAUGCAUUGUAUUUGCAAAAGUACACUUCUGGUGACUUUUCCGAGGCAGAGAAAUUUUCCAAAUCAGCUUUUGACGACAUGAAGUCAAUUCUUCCGGAAAAUCAUUAUUUUCAAUCUUCCGUUAAGCGAGUGAGAGCCUUAAUUCUUGAAGAAAUUGCUAUAGAGUCAGAAUCAGAUGUCAAAAGGAAUAAACUCUUAAGUAUAGCCGAUGAUCUUCAUAAGAGUGCUUUAAAAAUAAACAUUAAACUUGUGGGAAUGAAAAAUCUUCAAACUGCCAAACACUAUGGGAAUUUAGGAAGAUUAUACCAAAGCAUGGGAAAAUUUGAAAUAGCCGAGCAAUUCCAACUGAAAGCCAUUGCCAUCAAAGAAGAACUCCUUGGUCCGACUAACUACGAAGUUGGUCUAAGCGUAGGCCAUUUAGCAUCGCUUUACACCUAUCAUAUGAAAGAAUACAAAAAAGCUGAAAAACUAUACCUCCGUUCAAUUGCCAUAAAUAUCAGACUUUUCGGUAAGACUUACUCAAGUUUAGGGUACGAUUACAAGGGCUUGAUCCAAGUCUACAAAAACACAUACAAUGUGGAAUAUGAAAUGUUUUACCAUGAGAAAUUGAGAGAGUGGGAACUCGCGAGAAGCAAUAUAGAAAUAAAAUUUUGCAAACUGGAAAUUAUGAGUCCAGAUAGAAUUAUUCGCAGUUUUGCUGAAAACAGAGAUAACGAACUCUCAGGAAAAGCGGAAACAGCAAAUUGAGCAGAUUUGUAUCAAAAAGCUCUAGAUAAACGUGCCUUGUGAUUGUAGAGAUAACUAUCGUUAGUAAUAAUUUAAUUGAGAGUACUGAUAUGUCAUAACGGGUAAAGAAAAAAGUAGAUUUAGAACGUCAAAUUUUAUGAAUUUGAGGUAGAUUGUGCCAGUUUAUCUGCAACAGGUUGUUCCUAAGCCACAUCACGUUUUUAUUUUAGUUUAUGAACUUAUAUAUAUUAAUCUCGCUAUUUUAAAUUUGCAUACUGUUCUACUAGCAUAUUUUCGAACACAAAGUAACGAAAGAUGGUUGAUUUCCUUUUGUAUCUUUUGUUACACUCGUGUGAAAAGAUAAUGUUUAUCAUUGGACAUGUUGAUAUGCAUAUUAUGAAAGUCCUAAGGUUUAUGUGUUCCUACUGUUGAAUACUGACUUGACUAAAUAUGUACAUACGACAAUUUUACGAGUGUACUGAAAAUAUUGAGAUAAAGACUGCUAAAGAUUAAAGAGAAUAUUGAAUACGUACAUAUACAUCUACGUAACAAUAAAUAUAUUUUUUAAAA